GCGUGCCCAAUAACUAUUGGGUAUCGUAUUUAGCGUAUUCAGUCUACUAUACCACGUCGAGACGGUUGCUCGUACCGUGCGGCGGUACAUCGUGAGAUUCUAGUGAUAAUGAUAACAGAAGACCAUAACAUAAUCAUCGUUUAGUUAGUACACUUUUCAAGUUACGAAUCGUGCGGUCGUUAUUUUUGAACUGGUAACAUUUUAGUGGCUUCGAAAUAGAACGAGUCAAGAUGAAUACAUUGACAAUACUAUUUGGAAUCUGUGUUUGCGCGGCAGUUGUUUAUGGUCGACAAUUUAAUGACCGAGUCGAUACAGACGUGGCAUCAGAUGAAACAGAUCACAUAGGAAAAGCAAGAGAUGUCGCUGCCAAUCAGAUGCGGCACCGCCGAAGACGAUGGCAAAGCAACUAUGGUUAUGACUACUCACCGCCACCUAUUCCUUAUUACCCAGACAGAAGAGAAUACGAUCGGCCUAGUCAACAACAAGACAUUGUCCCUCAAAUAUUGAGGCUUUUGGACGAAAUAUCCAGCUACAUAAAACGGCCGCAACCUCCCCCACUACCGCAACCAAUCUAUGUACCCUAUCCAGUGCCUUAUCCAGUACCUCAGCAAUGCACAUGUUCAGGAAGAAGAAAUAAUAACAAAUCACCUACAGAUAUACCAACUACUUUUGACAAUAGAAUUAAACCUGAACUAGAAGAUGAAAGGCAAAAUUGGGGAAUAAUAGACUCUAAUGCAGAGAGAGAGGAGGGUGACUAUGACGACAUUGGCGACGGAUCCCGGCCGAUAUCAUUCGAACCAAUAAAACCGAAACGACCUAUGCAACGACCUCCACCGAAGGUAGAACAUGGAAGUAGUCAAGGCCGAAACGAUCUACAAUUACAAGCAUCAAGUAACUCUAAUCCAGAACAGGGUAGAGCAGCGUCUAUCUGCAAUGGAGCAAUACUGACUUGCUGCAACACAUCAUCACAAAAGCAAUGUUUCACGAGGCUAGGCUGCGCUAUGACAUUUGCGAAGGGCAAUGCCUGUACCCAAGAGUCUGUUACCACGGCUAUAGAAUCAUUUAAGUUAGCUUAUGCUCCUGUAUAUUGAGCAAGUGAGUAUACAUGGAGUAAGAGUACAUUAAUGUAAUCACUAUUAUCAGUAUUGUAGUGGUAUAGUGUCUGUUGUAUUAUAAGUACAUAUAUAUUCAUCGACAAUAAAUUCAUUUCGAUGGUAUUAAACGGCCCUUGAAAUGAUUUUAGGUAACGAAUGCACAUUUAUGUCAUAAAAUCUUGAUACUAUUCAUUAUUUGCAAUUUAUGAAUUUGACCAAUACUUUGAAAAAGUAGGCAAGUCAGUGCUUUAUAUUUUUGCAUACAAAUUUAUAUAUGAUAGUGGCAAUAUAAGUGAUUUUGUUACAAAAAGAAAUAUUUUCCCGCAAAUAGUUUUGUGUAUCAACUGAAUAUUAUUUGUGUACUUAGUUACGUUAGACAAUGCUUGGCGUUAAAAAUUUAUGGGAUGAUAUUAUUAUAUUAUUCACGGAGAUCUAGUUUUUUAGGUUUUCUCACGAUGAUAAGAAAAUAUUGCUUAAAAUUUUUCACAACAUUGUUGAUCUAGCGCUGUUUGCUAACAUCCAUUUAAAGUAAUGCAAUUCUAUAUUCGAAUAUUUACAAUAAUUAUUUCUAUUAAGGUACAGAUAUUCCAAAUUUGAAUCUUAAAUUAUGUUAAAUGUAUUUCUUUACAUCCACGAUAUAUAGAUUUAAAGACUUCUUGGUUAUAUUUUAAUUGAGAAAUGGCUAACUGCAAAGCCUGAAACAAAAGUCAUGAAAUAUUUUAUCUGAUGCCAUAGUCGUAAUGUUUUUUUUAUUCAGUAAUAUUAAAUAUUUAUUAAAUUUAUUAUACGAAAAAGGUGUUAUGUGGGACAAUGACCCCGAGGUUCGUACAGUAUGUAUAUUCGAAAAAUUCAUAUAUGAGUUAUUGCCUGUGAGGACGGUUAUGUAAAUAAAGAGGCAUUUAUGUAUGUAAUAUCGAAUGUGUUUUAUGUAUUUUGUUAGGAAGAAGUAUAUUGUAAAGUUAACAUGAUUAUUAAUAAAAUAUAAUAAUGUAUGAGUUGUUCAUUGACACUCUUUAAUAAAUGUAUAUAUUUAAUAAUCUUCACGAUAUCAAAAAUUUGUAUUAUUGUUACUUAAAAUAUAUGCCUUAACAAUAUUAGUAAAAUAUUGUGAUAUUGGCACCUACUUAGUUGAAUGUAAGUGUUCCUAGUCUGUUUUUAUGUAGUAAUUUGGAUCCGUAUUUGUAAUUUUGUUUAAUAAAAUGGAAAUUAACAAGAA